AUGUUGGGGUUACGGGUGGGACUCCGAACACAAAUCGAGGAUUCCACGUUCUUGCCCCCCUACAGUGGCCCGCCCCUCGAUAUUACUGGCGCCACCUUGAACAUUUCUCCUAAAGGAUGGACAUCAGAGGGAAAUAAAAUAAGGGUGAUCGAGAAUCAGAAGGACUUGUUGAACCUGACGCAGGCGGACAUGAAGAACUUCAGAGAGCUAAAAAAUCUGACCAUUUCUAACACCGGGCUCAAAUAUAUUUCGGAAGAUGCGUUUCAGAUGAACCCUCGGAUGACUCACAUUAACCUGUCUGCAAAUUCCCUGGUGGCCCUGUCAUGGAGGACCUUCUACAACCUACCUCUCCAAGAACUAGUCCUGAUGGAAAACCCAUUCCAGUGUUCUUGCGAAGUGCGGUGGAUUCAGAUCCGCAGAGACGAAGGAUGGGCCGACCUUGGAAACCAAACUUUGAGCUGUUGGGAUCACGGUCUUGAGAUCUUCCUAGAAGAGGCCAACAUCUCCCAGUGUGAUCGUCCGGACGUUUACAUCACGGAGCAAAACCUCACAGUCCUUCACGGGGAUAAUCUGACCCUUCAGUGUAAUGUAUAUGGUCAACCACAACCAACAGCCAACUGGACUUUGCCCAAUAUCAAUCCUCAGUAUAAAAUUGAGCAGUCUGAAGGACCCAACACAGAGAUCUUCCUGCACCUCUUUAACAUCUCCUCAGGCUUCAAUAAGAGGGAUGUCACCUGCUGGGCUGAAAACAUGGCCGGCCCCACCAAGAAGUUUGUUCACCUGGAUGUCCACUUCCCGGCAGUGGUGGUGGAUUUAGGGCAAGCAGUCCUCCAGCACCACGUCUGCAUUCCUUACACGAUAGACGGGAACCCUGCCCCUGACCUCAGAUGGCAAUUCAACGGGGAGAUUGUGGACAUGAGCACCUACCAGUACACUAAGUUUCUGGAGUACAGAGAAAACGGCACGCUUAUCCACGGCUGCCUGUACUUUAAUAAGCCGACGCACGUCAACAAUGGCAACUACACAAUCGUGGUGUGGAACGAGCUGGGGAGAGACAGCAAAAGCGUCUACGUCACCUUCAUGGACAAUCCUUUCGACUUUAAUCCAGAGGAGCCAAUCCCAGUGUCGCUGUCCCCCGAGGGAGGGGGCAACAGCACCUACGGGAACCCCAUCGAGACCGUGGAGGACAACACUUUUGGGGUCUCGGUGGCUGUGGGACUGGCCGUCUUCGCCUGCUUCUUCCUUCUCCUCCUGCUGGUUGUGCUCAACAAGUGCGGGAGACAUUCGAAGUUUGGAAUCAACCGAGCGGCCGUGCUGGCGCAGGAAGACGACCUGGCGAUGUCCCUCCAUUUCAUGAACUUCGGGGCCAGUCCUCUCACUUCUGCUGAAGGGAAGCUGGAUGGGGUGAAGCCCAACUUCAUUGAGAAUCCGCAAUACUUCUGCGACGCUUGUGUCCAGCACAUCAAGAGACGAGACAUUUUGCCCAAGUGGGAGCUGGGCGAAGGGGCCUUUGGAAAGGUCUAUCUGGCCGAAUGCUACAACCUGACGUCACAACAUGACAAGACCCUGGUGGCUGUGAAGGCCCUCAAAGAGGCGUCGGAGAACGCCCGACAGGACUUCCAGCGCGAAGCCGAGCUCCUCACUGUCCUACAACACGAACACAUCGUGAAGUUCUACGGCGUGUGCACUGAAGGAGAGCCCCUCCUCAUGGUGUUUGAAUACAUGAAACACGGAGACCUCAACCGCUUCCUCAGAUCCCAUGGACCAGAUGCCAAGAUUCUUGACAACGGCAAUGGACAACCCUACGGGCAGCUGAACCUGACUCAGAUGUUGCAGAUUGCCUCUCAGAUAGCGUCUGGCAUGGUCUACCUGGCUUCUCUACAUUUCGUCCACCGGGAUCUCGCCACAAGGAACUGCCUCGUGGGCAACAGCCUGAUUGUGAAGAUUGGUGAUUUUGGGAUGUCACGCGAUAUCUACAGCACAGAUUACUACAGGGUCGGUGGAAGGACCAUGCUGCCCAUUCGCUGGAUGCCACCUGAGAGCAUCUUGUACCGCAAAUUCACCACAGAUAGUGACAUCUGGAGCUUUGGCGUGGUCCUCUGGGAGAUCUUCACGUAUGGCAAGCAGCCGUGGUACCAAGUUUCCAAUACAGAGGCCAUUGAAUGCAUCACCCAAGGGCGAGAACUGGAAAGGCCAAGGACCUGCCCCACCGAGGUAUACAACAUCAUGCAAGGCUGCUGGCAGAGAGAACCCCAGCAGAGGCUCAACAUCAAAGAGAUCCACAACAAGCUAGAAGCUCUUGUCAAGGCACCACCAAUUUACUUGGACAUCCUACAAUAACAUUGGAGGACAAGAAAACCGAGGACCAAACCGCUAGGAGCAAAAGCAUGAACCCUACAAGACCAUUUAUUCUGGAAGCAGCUUUGCUAACAUUUAAAGUCAAUGUACUAAGUCCUUCUUACAAAGGUCAAUCGCUGAUGACGCUUGGACAGAAUGUCUUCAGGAAGUCUUCUAAAGUUUGG